AGCUGGCCAGCCCUGAUUUGCUCUUCCCAGUCCCAGCUCCCCACAAUUCGCUGUGGCUUGAUCUGGUCUCCCAGGAUCACCCGCUCGCCAUUGGCCGGACCAGCCUUACCUCAGCCCCAGCACCAUGCACGAUUCCUGGUUGCGGUACCUCGAUCUCCAAAUAGCUCGUGAUAGGCCCUGGCAUAGCGUCAUUUGGCUAGAACCUCCUCUUUUCGAACGUCACUCCAGCACCCUUCCUUCCCUUCACUCUUGUCGCAACUCAUCACUUUUCACUGCGCAAACAUUCCAAUUGUAUUUCCUACGUCGCGGACUCGAGAUACGUAUAUUGAGAACAGAGAUUGAAGAAUUGAAGUUGAGAAUUUUCGGCCGACGUCAUCCGAUAUGUCUGAACAAGUCCAAGAAGGGGACAAAGUGUCCUGGAACUGGAACGGCUCGCACCCCUCGGGAACAGCCGCCGAAGUCAAAGCGGGCGAAGUAACCGUUACCUCGCACCGCGGCAACGAGAUCUCUAAGACGGGCGACGCGAGCAACCCCGCCGUGCACAUCGAGCGCAGCGGCAACGACGUCGUCAAAACGGCCAACGAGUUGAACGUCGAGAAGAAGGCUGAGGGGUCUUCUUCCAGCAAUGGGGAUGCUGUGAACGGGGAGUCUAAGCAGGAAGAAGAGAAGGAGAAGAAGCCGGAAGAAGAGAAGGAGGCUGAACAAAACCCAGAGGAAGAAGAAGAAGAAGAAAAGAAAGACGAAGCACAAACAGGCGAAAAGCGAAAAGCGGACGAGAAAGCCGACGCUGGUGAAGAAGCGGAGGACAAGAAAGAAGAAGAAGGCGAAGAACCCAAGAAGCAGAAAACAAGCAACGGCACAGCCGCAACCAAGAACGGCGACAACAAGAAGAAACCCGGACGACCCAAGGCUGCAGCAGGCGGAGAAAAGAAGGCGCCUAAGAAGGAGAAGAAACAACCCGCGGUCGGCAGAGCGGAGAGGAAGACGAGGAGCCAGGCGAAGAGCGACUAAAAAUUGAAUUAUGGGUUUCUUCUUUUUGGUGGACAAGGAUGGGAUGGAUGGGAUGGUGCUAUUGUCGGGUUCGCUGUUGCGGUUGGUUGGACAUAUGAUGGCCCGGCGGCGCAUCCUGGGGGGCAUUUUGGUUUGAUGGGAGGGGUGGGGUUGGUUUGGUUUUUGUACAUAAGUUACAAUUAU